AUGCGUUCGCUGGGCAAAGUGCACGACUACGAAGUGGAGAAGGAUCCACAGCAGGGCGGCAUUAUGACGCUUCUUGAGCCGGCCGAUGAGAGCGACUGGAUUGAUAAUAUUGUCAAUCUAGAGGAUGGCACUGUCUUUGCCAGUCAUGUCAACUACUUGAAUUUCACAAAGCACGCGCAGCCACGCCCCAUUUACAUAAAUAUGGUGCGCGAUCCUGUCGAGCGCGUCAUCAGCUGGUACUACUUCAUACGUGCGCCGUGGGUUUUUGUGCCCGGACGUCGUAACAGCAAUCGCCCCAUGCCCAAUCCUCUAUGGGUUAACACCGAGUUCGAUCAGUGCGUGCUGAGCGGCGAAAAGGCCUGCACUUAUAUCGAGGGUUCACCGCUGGAGCGAGUGGGGGAUCAUCGGCGUCAAACUUUGUUCUUCUGCGGGCACAAUGAGCAUAAAUGCACGCCUUUCAACUCGCGUCUGCCACUGCAGCUGGCCAAAGACAAUGUGGAGCGGGAAUAUGCUGUGGUCGGCACCUGGGAGCAUACGAAUGAAACCCUAGCUGUGCUGGAGGCCUAUAUACCGCGCUACUUUGCGGAUGCCUCCAAGAUGUAUUACUCUGGCCUGCAUGCUGCGAGGUCGAACGAUAAUCCCAUGAAGCCUCACAUAAGUGAGGAGAUUAAGAACAUGCUGCGCCGCAACUUUACGCGCGAGAUCGAAUUCUAUCAGUUCUGUCGUCAGCGUCUGCAUAAGCAAUAUCUGGCAUUGAAAAUGAACGAUCUGAUGCGCAUGGAUAAGAGUCUAGAGAGGCUAAAGACAAGCAAUGAAUUGCUGGCCCGUUUGAGCGCUAAGCACUUGAACAACACUAGAAAUGCGGAAAUCGAUGUGUUGUUCUUUAACCGUGCCGCCAAAGUAGGCAGUGAGGCGCUGCUGGAGCUCUUCAAUUCCCUGGAAACCUACAACGAAAACCUGAUAUUGGAACGCAGUGGCCUGCAUGAGCCCACAAUAAGGCAAAUGGGUAAGCCACAACGACGUGAGGCUGCCGAGUUUGUGGCUGGCUUGGAGGAGGGCAGUGUCUAUAUACGCCACAUAAACUGGCUGGACUUUGAUGAGUUUGAUCUGCCGCAUCCCAUUUAUAUCAAUAUGGUGAGAGAUCCCGUGGAGCGUGUCAUUAGCUGGUUCUACUACGCACGCAGCUCCUAUAAGAAUGCCAUAGAGUUUCGCAAGGCGCCCAACAAGAAAAUGAAGCCUGUCUCCUGGUACAAAAAGAACUUUAACGAAUGUGUGCGCAGUGGCGAUCCCGAGUGCCAAUAUGUCCCGCAUACGGUGAAGGAUGAGUUUCCCAACUUUAAGCGGCAGUCGUUGUUCUACUGUGGACAUCAUGACGAUUGCAUUCCCUUCAACUCGCCCACGGCUAUACAAAUGGCCAAAGAGCAUGUGGAGCGUGAUUAUGCCGUCGUUGGCAGCUGGGAGGAUACGAACAUCACAUUGACGGUCUUCGAACGUUACAUACCGCGUUUCUUCAAUGGCGCCAAGCUCAUGUAUGAAAUGCAUAAUAACAAGAUUACGAACCGGAAUAAAAACAAGCGAAAGCCUUUUAUUGAGCCCGAGGUGAAGGAGAUGAUUAGACGUAACUUCACCAACGAAUACGAGUUCUAUUAUUUUUGCAAACAGCGUCUAUAUAAGCAAUAUCUGGCGCUCAAUUUGAAGCAGCUGGAGCAGCAUGGUCUCUUGAAUUAG